AAACCAUCCACAAAAUUCUGUCAGGAGACCACCGAUCCCCGAUCCUCGCAAAAUUCUUGCUGUCUCUGGCUCUUUCUCUAACCUUUUCCUCUCUCUCCAAACUCUAUACAUAACACAUGAUAUUCAAAGCUUUCUUGUGUGUGUAGUAGCCGUUGACUGUUAGAGGAAAAGUGGGUUGUUUUCCUUUUCCCGGAUUCUCAACUCAACUGGGUCGAGCUAAAAAAUGAGUUUCAGAGACGACGGCGGUGAGGAUGGGCUCAGAAAGCCGUUCAUACACACCGGAAGCUGGUACAGAAUGGGCUCCAGACAGUCCUCCAGCAUUAUAAGCUCGUCGGCUCAGGUGCUUCGCGAUGGCUCUGUCUCUGUUGUUCUCUGUGUCCUCAUCGUUGCUUUGGGCCCUAUCCAGUUCGGAUUCACGUGUGGGUAUUCUUCUCCUACUCAAUCCGCAAUCAUCAAUGAUCUUAAGCUUUCUAUUUCGGAGUUCUCUUUGUUUGGUUCUUUAUCGAAUGUGGGAGCAAUGGUUGGGGCAAUAGCAAGUGGGCAGAUUGCAGAAUACAUUGGCAGAAAAGGGUCGCUGAUGAUUGCUGCAAUUCCUAAUAUAAUUGGAUGGCUCGCGAUAUCAUUUGCCAAAGACUCAUCAUUUUUGUUCAUGGGAAGAUUGUUAGAAGGUUUUGGUGUGGGUAUAAUUUCUUACACGGUACCCGUAUAUAUCGCAGAGGUCUCACCUCAAAACAUGAGAGGAACCUUGGGGUCUGUUAACCAGCUUUCGGUGACUAUCGGAAUAAUGCUGGCGUAUUUAUUGGGACUAUUUGUCAACUGGAGACUGCUUGCAGUGUUAGGAGUUUUGCCAUGCACAAUAUUGAUACCUGGACUAUUUUUCAUCCCAGAAUCGCCUCGAUGGCUUGCCAAAAUGGGGAUGACAGAAGAUUUUGAAGCCUCCUUGCAAGUUUUAAGGGGGUUUGAUACGGAUAUCACCACAGAAGUGAAUGAAAUCAAGAGAUCCGUAGCAUCAUCGACAAGCAGAAGAACUGCAAUCCGGUUUGCAGAUCUCAAGAGGAAAAGAUACUGGUUUCCCUUGACGAUAGGAAUUGGCUUACUUGUGCUUCAGCAACUCAGCGGUAUCAACGCCGUUUUAUUCUAUUCCACCAACAUCUUUCAAAGUGCAGGCAUUUCAUCUGGUAAUGCUGCGACAUGUGCUAUUGGGGCCAUUCAGGUUUUGGCCACUGCAAUCACUACCUGGUUAUUGGACAAAGCCGGUCGAAGGCUGCUUCUUAUUGUAUCGGCAGCUGGAAUGACUGUUAGCCUCGCCCUUGUUGCAGUUGCAUUUUUCUUGGAGGGCAUUGUACCAAAAGACUCUCAUCUCUACACUGUGAUGGGAAUAUUGUCACUCGUGGGGCUUGUGGCCAUGGUGAUUUCCUUCUCUCUGGGACUUGGACCUGUUCCAUGGGUUAUCAUGUCCGAGAUACUUCCGGUGAAUAUUAAGGGUCUCGCUGGCAGUGUAGCAACAUUGGCGAAUUGGCUGACAGCAUUUGUGACCACGAUGACCGCGAAUUUACUCUUGCAUUGGAGCAGCGGAGGGACGUUCACAAGUUACGCUGUAAUUUCUGCCUUUGCGGUUGUUUUUGCAACGCUUUGGGUUCCAGAGACGAAAGGAAGAGCUCUGGAAGAGAUUCAGCAAUCAUUUAGAUGAUUAUCUUGUUCUUUUUCCUCUUUCUUUUUCUUCCUCAAGAAUGUAUGUCUUAAUAUGGUUUCAAGUUUUGUCAUGCCAAGCGUCGAUUUUUAAGCGAGGAUUGGUUAUGUUAAUUGAAUAAUUCUCAUGUUUCAUUCCAAGAGUUUCCCAACCAAAGAUCUUCAAUGUACGAAAUAUUCAUUCAAAUUUUUAUAGCAAUAAAUAGAUCUUCUCUCCA